GGAAAGUACCCCUUAGAACAGCGGAUUGAGGACAAGAAACGAGGGAUUGGUCGCCAACGGUAUCCUGUGCUGGUGUGGGCUCUCACCGCGGUCAUGAUCGCCGUCUUCAUCUACGAGCUUGUGGUCAAUUCUAGGGCACAAGGCACUCCCGUGUCUUUCAAGCCCGUAGUGAAUCCGAUGCUCGGUCCAUCUGAGAGUGCUUUGAUCUAUGUGGGGGCACGUUUCCCGCCUUGCAUGAAAGCGGUCCAAAACAUCACAUUGACUACGACAAUGCCUUGCCUGAACGACACUGCGAAUCCUCCAACACUGAAUUGCCUGAUCGAGGAUAUUUGUGGAUUUGGCGGAUUCCAUGGCACCACCCCGAACCAGUGGUUCAGGCAAGUUGUGAUGGUGAUGGGACAAAGCAUGAAUGACAAGUUCAUUACCCCAAUCUUCAUACACGCAGGCUUCAUCCACAUUAUCCUUAACAUGAUCGCUCAAUUGACAGUAUCGGCACAAAUUGAGAGAGAGAUGGGUUCCGCUGGUUUCCUUUUGACCUACUUUGCUGCUGGAAUCUUCGGAAAUGUUCUUGGUGGUAACUUCUCACUCGUUGGGGCUCCUUCAGUCGGUGCCAGUGGAGCAAUCUUUGGAUGUGUUGCUGUAACUUGGGUAGAUCUAUUUGCUCAUUGGCGUUAUCAGUACCGCCCUGGACGCAAGCUUGCAUUCAUGAGCAUUGAGCUAGUAUUUGGUAUUGCUCUUGGAUACAUUCCAUCUCACCGUUCAAUUUCAGCUCACCUGGGAGGGUUAUGCAUGGGUCUCCUCGUUGGAACAGCGCUGUACCCUGUGAUCAGCCCAACACGCAAACAUAAAUCCAUUAUGUGGGGAUUCAGGAUCGUAACCAUACCCUUGGCAAUCAUCUUGUUUGUCGUCCUUAUUCGUAACUUUUAUACGUCGGAUCCCUACGCAGCUUGUUCUGGUUGUCGCUACCUCUCGUGCAUCCCCACAUCUUCCAAUAAUCACUGCCAAGGGACCGGUUAG